AUGCCGCGAAUAUUCGACCUCAAAACUCGAGUCGAGCAAGUGCAACCCGGGUCAAGCAAUCCGUGUGGAGUAUGCCAACGUCAGUUUGCGAAAUAUACAUGCCCAGCUUGUAACCUCCAGUAUUGCUCGUUGAUGUGCUAUCGUGCAGAGGCCCAUUCUGCAUGCACUGAGACCUUCUACAAAGCGGCACUUGUCGAAGAAAUUAAAUCAGAGCCAGCGAGACCGACGGAGGAAAAGCAACAGAUGCUUGAACUUCUCAAAAGGUUCGAAGAGGAGUCAAUCGAGGAAGAAGGCUCUGACGAAGAAGAUGAUCUUGCGUUGCGCUUAGAAGGUGUUGAUUUGGACAAAGUUGAUCAUGAAACCUUGUGGGGGUUACUAUCCGAGCAAGAAAAGCAGAAAUUUACUAAAAUGCUGAUGAACCCUACGUCCGAGAACUCUCAAGACUUGCUGAACGCGAGCAGACUUUUAGAAAAUAGUGAAGACCCCUGGUGGGUACUGGAUAAUCCAUUGGACAGUACACUGCCAAUGGUCAAGCAAAUUCCCUCUACUAUGCUUGCGGGAAAGUUUAAUCCUAUACUUCUCUUUAACGUUUUUCAUUUAAGUUUGACUUAUGCAUAUACGGUCCGGACAUUUGCAGCGUCAUUUCUCUCGACUCGGGUGUCUGACGAACUCGAGGGAAUCCGGGAAUUUAUGCUCCCGUUAUCACCGUUCCUGCGAGAUCGAAAGUCUACUGUAACUUUUACUUCGGUUGACAGCGUAAUCACCGAUUGGGUCUCCCAUUUGCCAGAACUCCCAAACCACAGACUACUUAAACUACUCACGGAAGACGCUAGACGUAUAUUUCACUCCCAACCCAUCGUAGUGGAAGACGACUCGCCAUCUCAGUCAUCAAACCACGAUAAUUGUAUGCGCUUCUUGUCCGACUUACACACACUAUUCGACGGCCUGAAGAAGCACGCGCAUGUUACACACAAAUUGACAUUCUAUCUUGCUUUCCUUGUGAACCUUCCGACAUCGGCAUCUAGGGAACUUCUUGGCGCAAUAGGGGCAUGGCAAGUAAAGCACCAAGAAGGCGAACAAGACACAUCACGAAUCGAUACGAUCAGGUCGAGAACGCUGAUAGAGGAGAUCUAG